GGAGAAGACCACAGCGUUGUUGGGUUCCUUCCGUUUGGACCUUUGGGACUCGAUUGGAAUUUUUGGGAUUUUGCCUCUCACUUCAUAUCUCUCUCUCUCUCUCUCUCUCUCCUCUUCUUCUCCUCUUCUUCUUCUUCUUCCUCCUCUUCCCCUCUAAUCUUCUUCGCAUUCCUGUCAGUUCUUCAGCUUCGAUCUCUUCAUUCUUCCUCCCUUACCCCUCUGGUACUGCGAUGGAAUUGCCCGAGUCAAGCUGGUGAAUUUCGUCGCGACUCAGUCAACCCAAUCGCCUUCUGGUCUUCUGGGUCGUCGUCCAGCUGAAUCGGGUGCUCGGGGAGCUUCAUUUCCGGUUUCUGGGUGGAUCGGAGCUCCGAAACUAUGACCGUGAAGAACUGAGGAGAUCAGGAGGUUUGUCUAUUUAAACAGGCUAAAGAACAAAAAUGUUGGAAGCGGGACAAAAGAUCACGGGAAUUAUAGACCUGAACAAGCCUCACUUUAAUGAACUUGAUUUAUCCCAAGGACCGUACCGUAAACUUGCAGAGGGCAGCAACAUGUCCAUAGAAAGUUUUGGAAGCCUUCAGACAAGCAAUGAAGGUUCGGUUGCCAUGUCCACUGAUCAAAGCAGCAUAGCUUCAAACGAGUCUCAUACUCGAAUCCUUAACCACCCAGGGCUUCGGCGCCGAGCUAAUGAUAACAAUCUGACUGCACACAGUGUUAACAAUCGCCGAGGGAGAGUCUCCCAUGCUCUGAGCGAUGAUGCCCUUGCACGGGCCCUGAUGGACCUGAACUCUCCAACGUGGGGUCUUGCGAAUUUCGAUGAGUGGACUCUUGACCUAAGGAAGCUCAACAUGGGUGAGCCCUUUGCUCAGGGAGCCUUUGGGAAGCUCUACAGAGGAACUUACAUUGGUGAGGAUGUUGCCAUCAAGAUCCUUGAGAGGCCUGAGAACGACCCAGAGAAGGCCCAGGUGAUGGAGCAACAGUUCCAGCAGGAAGUCAUGAUGCUUGCAACACUGAAGCACCCAAACAUAGUUCGGUUCAUCGGGGCUUGCAGGAAGCCAUUCGUUUGGUGCAUCGUGACCGAGUAUGCAAAGGGUGGUUCAGUCAGGAACUUCCUCUCAAGGAGGCAGGGUCGAGCUAUCCCUCUCCGAUUGGCUGUCAAGCAGGCAUUGGACGUUGCAAGAGGAAUGGCCUAUGUUCAUGGCCUUAAUUAUAUUCAUCGGGACCUGAAGUCUGAUAAUCUCUUGAUUAAUUCGGACAAGACUAUCAAGAUUGCUGAUUUUGGAGUUGCAAGGAUUGAGGUGCAGACUGAAGGGAUGACACCGGAAACAGGGACUUAUCGCUGGAUGGCUCCGGAGAUGAUCCAGCAUAGGCCCUAUACUCAGAAAGUGGACGUGUACAGCUUCGGGAUAGUCCUCUGGGAACUCAUCACAGGAAUGCUUCCCUUUCAGAACAUGACUGCGGUUCAGGCGGCUUUUGCAGUGGUGAACAAGGGAGUCCGUCCGCCCAUUCCAUCGGACUGCCUCCCAGUCCUCGCUGACAUCAUGACCCGAUGCUGGGACCCAAACCCUGAGGUCAGGCCUCCCUUCACUGAGGUUGUCAGGAUGCUCGAGUAUGCAGAGGCUGAGGUCCUCACUACUGUCCGCAAGGCCCGGUUCAGGUGCUGUAUCGCCCGGCCUAUGACCUUGGACUGAUGCUGAGAUGGCGGAACCAGGAGACAAGGAGGAUGGAGAAAUUGGGGGAGUUGACAGAAAGAAGAGAUAGAGGAGGUUUUAUUUGUUUGUAUUUUUCUCUUUUUUGUAUUUAUCAAACUCUUGAGGAAAGGGAAAGUUUAAAAAAGGAUGUAAGGGAAAGAAAGUUUGUUUCAGGACCCAGUUUGAGGUGGUAGGAAAACAAUAUUGGAGAACAUUUGCUGUGUAUAAGAAUGCUUCGCUUUUUGCGUAC